AUGGUCAGCGGAGAGGAUAACGAUGCGCUGGCGGCUACCCCAGCAUCAGGUGCGCUCUCCACCCGUUACCUGUGCGGUACUCUGCUGAUGUUCGGACAUCACUCGGGGCGGGAUAACCAUCUGAGGAUCAACACGAUGCUCAGAUCGUUAUCUCGCCCGGCGCUCUACAUCGAACCUGCCGUCCACCUCCUUGCGGAGACGCUCACCGUGCACGAGAACCGCCCCAUGGCAUGGGUGGUUCUGUAUGUCAAUGGCGUGACUGACACCCUAACGAUCUUCCUCCCAUACACCGCCCUCGCUCUCGCCACGAUUGACCCCAGCGUGUGUGAGAGCUGGCACAGCAUGGUCACUGGGGAGGAACUCGCGAAAUGUGGGUUGAGCGACGCCCAGAACGAGCUGAUCCUACAACUCGUACUCGCAUUCCGCGCGUUCAGUCAAGGCCACCGGGAAGUCACGUUCGUCAACUUCCAUGAUUUCAUCAAGGUUUUCACGUUGCACGUUCGGGCUCUCGCGCCUCACAAGCCCGCCGACGAGGCUCUCCUCGUGAUGAGCUACUACAUGCUUGAGGUCAUGCCAGACGUGAUAUUUCCCGACGAGCGUGCCCUCAUGGAUGCCCUUGGGCUCGUCGAUGUUGAUCCAUCCACUCAGGAGGUCACCGACCAUGCGACUGUCAACCCCGUGUCUGUCGUCCCCACGUCCCUCGACUGUGCGCUCGCCGAUCUCGCGUCCCCCGCGUCCGUCAAGCCCUUGUCCGUCGACCCCAUCAUCCCCACGUCUGUCGUCCCCACGUCCGUCAACCCCUCGGCGUCCGUCAACCCCAUCGUCCCUGCGUCCGUCGACCAUGCGCUCGCUGACCUCGCGUCCCCCACAUCCGUCAACCCCACGUCUGUCGUCCCCGCAUCUGUCGUCCCCACGUCCCUCGACUGUGCACUCACCGAUCUCGCAUCCCCCGCGUCCGUCAAGCCCUCGUCCGUCAACCCCGUCGUCCCCACGUCCGUCGUCCCCACGUCUGUCAACCCCGCGUCUGUUGACCCCGCGUCCUCCGCGUCCACCGACCACAUGCCUGUCGUCCCCGCGUCCGCCAACCGUGCGUCUGCAGACCUCGUGUCCACCGACCGCGAGUCCACCGACCCUAUGCCCGUUUUCUCCUCAUCUAUCGGCGACGUCCUAUCCUCCCCGUGUCUGGAUGACGAAGCCCCUCAGUGGAUAUCCGUCUCCUCUACGCCCACAUCACCUCGCUACUCACCGACCUCGCCUCACUAUUCACCUAUCUCUGCACACUACUCCGACAUUGGCUCCGACUUUGACAUCCCACCCCCGGUCUCCACUACUUUCCCGCAAUCUCGUGCACCGCCUGACGACACGGUUUCGGAGGCAUACCUCCGUUCGUCCACUGCAACGGCUACCUCUGAUAGGCCCUCAUCCCACGAUCUCGCAGCGCUCGCGGCACUGUAUAACCUCCCCGCCGAAACCCCUGCCUCCACGCUAGGCCACUCUUACGGGGCAUUGAUGGUCACCGCAACGCAGCGUCUCGUCCCUCCUGUGCGAUGGUCAGCAAUGCUUGAGGAGAUUGCGGACGUCCACCGCUCUCUCAUCAUUGCCGAACUCCUCGACUGCGCACGCCCACCCUCCUUGAGCCCAACCACGCACGCUCUUUUGAUAGAGCAGCUGUUCGCGGGUGCGCCCGCGAGCGUGUGUGGCGCGAGCAGCAGUGCGGACAUGGGCGCGGGCGAGGGCUACACAGCGGGCGAUGGUGUGCAGGAGGGUAUGGGCAAUGUUAGUGGGGGUGCGGGCGUAGCUGAUGUGGGCGCGCGCGCGCGAAGCAUCGCUGGUGAGGACGCGUGCGGGGGCUCAGCUGGUGCGGGCGCAUGCGCAGCCACUGGAUCGGGCGCAGGUGCGGUCCCAGAUACACAUGCUCGCGCGCGCAAGCGCAAGGGGAAGGGGACGAGGAAGGGUAAGGGUAAGGUUGGUACAUAG